CAGCUUUUUUACAUCUGUAUCAUAGUCAACAGUCAAUCAAAUAUCAUCAAUCAAUCAUUCAAAAAAUCGAAGCUUUUGGUUGUUAUAGUAGCCGUUUUAAUUUUACUAUACAUUAAUAAAUCUUAAAUAUUGUCAAUUGUCUAAAAGUGCAACAAAAAUAAAAUUUAUUUAUUAUUUGCACAACUAAAAGUGUCGCAUAGCUGUAAUUAAGUGAUAAUUUGUAACAAGUUAAGCACAAAAAGAUUGUAUCGACUAUGAAACAUAAAUUUUACGCUUAGCUUAUUAAAACCAUGUAAUGUUCAGCAGUUAAUAUGGAUAUGCCAUUGUCCGAACCGGCGACGCCGUCGUUCUAUUCUGUCUGGUCAACUGCAACUGAAGACAGUGGAUACCAAACUUCGUUCACGCCCGGUUCUACGGAAUGCUCCAGAACAGUGAUUGAGAGUCCGCAUGUUGUCACACCAAAGAUUUAUAUAAGUGGUCAAAUUAAACUUGACCGCUAUUCUGACUUUAACUAUCCAUUGGAACUGAGAUCUGGUACCUCAAGGAUUUCAUCUCCACAUGAAUAUAGAGACAGUCCAAUCCGACGUGGCGUGAAAAGAUCUUAUCAAGAAAAUGUUGACAAUACGAAUAUUAUUUCUAAUUCUGUUGGUACUCCAACAAGUAUAAUAACAGGUGAAAUACAAAGAUUGGAUGUCAAUGAGUAUAAAUCUAGCAACUGCUCUAAAAAUUCUACAACAUUUGAACACACAAAUAACAUUAAUGAACUAUACAACCAUGACAAUUGUACUCCUACUUUAUCUUACCCAGUAACCCCAGUGAAAAAUAGAUGCACUGUUAGUUGCAAUUUAAGUCCAUUUCAUCGGAAAAAGUUUGCAAGAAAAGUUGAAUUUGUUAUACAUUCUCUUUCUUGUGAGAAGAAAGCUUUACAACCAGUGAAACUUAAACCGAAACUUCCAUCUCUUCAAAGACCUUUGAAAUAUUUUGAAUAUAUACCAAACCAAAAAGUUGAUAUUAUAAAAAUGUUGCAUAAAUUAGAUCAAUUGGAUCCAAUGAGAGUGAUAGUGAGUUAUUUAUCAAGCCAAGAUAUAUAUAAUUUUACUUUAGUGAGCCCAUACUGGUUGCAAGCUUGGGAACACAGUAUUGGAAAAAAUAAUGUCAAUAAAAAGGAUUUUAUGAAAUAUAUGAAUGCUGCAAAUACAAACAGAGAGAAUUGGGUUGGUGGCACGGUACCUCAACUUCCUAAUUCCAAUCAGGUUAGAACAUUGAAAGAAAUAAAUGGUGAAUUAAGAAUUUUGCCUCAUAGAACUCCUCCGGCAUCGCCAAGAACAAACAAAUUUAAAAAAUUUACUAAGGCAGCAUCAAUGGAUUCACGCACUCAACUCUCUUGUGUCCAGUGCCAGCAUCCUGCUAAGGUUACAAAAGAGGAGUCAGGUGAAGUAUGGGUUCAAUGCAUUAAUGCAACUUGUUGCUAUCAGUUUUGUGCACUGUGUAAAUGUAAAAGACAUUUGGACAAAAAUUGUAUACAAUAUGGCCUUAAAGAUGCUAGUCCUUCGAAGAGAAAGAGAUGUCAGUAUUCAGUAAGUUCGAAGAAAAGCAAAAAAAACCUGUAUAGACUGCUAGCAUAACCAUUUUUCUAUUAAAAUUCCAGUGUAGUCCAAAGAUAAAUAUUUUCUGAAAUUAAAAUUUUGAAAUAUGUGGUAUUCAAUUUGAGAUUUAAGUCAUUCAUGAUGUGCCUAUGGUCUGACAAAGUGCCAUUACUGUAUUUAUAUUUGAGAUUUAUUGCAUUUAAAGUAAUUUUAAUAUAAUAUAAGUAUUUAUAAUGUUCUCUGGUGAUAAUAGAAUAAUUCAGUACCUCAGACUGUAUUAUCAGUAGUUGGUGUGUAUUUUUUAAUUUUACAUGACAAUAUUUUUAAUGUAGUCAUAGAAUAGAAUAUUAGGUAAUGAAUUAAAAAUGUUCCAAAUAAAUAUGUAACACUGAUUAAAUAUUUUUAUAUAUGAAGACACUUCAAAUUUUAAAUAUCUGUACUCAGUUUAUACAUAAAGCUUUCCAACAAUAACAAUUUUAAUCAAAACUUUUUUUAAAUAUCACCAUUAUAUAUUUUAUCAUUAUAUAUUAAUUUUUAUAACAUCACCAUCUUCCAGUGAUUUUCUGUAAGUUUUUUUUUUUAUAUAUACAUAUAUAAUUGUUGUGACAAUUGUGCUAUGCUUUUUAUAAUCAAAACCUAUUUUAAAUGGUGUGAUUUUUGAGCUAAUUUUGAAAUGUUAUUUUCUAAAUUUCUCUCGUAAAUUCACUAGUUUUUGUUACUACCGUUUCAAAAUCAGUAACAUCAUACUUUGAAAAUUCUCACAUUCACAUCAUACGAGUACAUUCUAAAAUUAGAAAGUUGAAAUCCUAUCUCGAAAAAAGAUUUAGAUAACGAUAUAUCAGAUUAUCCUAUUAUUACAAAACAGAAAGUACUUGAUUAAAACAAAAUGGUAAUUUGAUUUCUGUCAUAUAAUGAAAACUGUUUUGCUGGUGCGGCAACAAAUUCACUUAUUGUAAAUGUAUAUUUAACAAUCAUUAUUUCUUCCUUUUGUGAAGCGCGAAUUUUAUCUAAGUAAUCUCAUAAUUUACAUUCCCACUAUUGUUUUAUAAAUUAUGUGGCCAUGAAUUAGUACAAUGGUAAUGUUUUGUAUUUUAAGGAUUUUUAUUAAUCUAGGAGUUAGAAUAUUUAGUUGGUCUACUAGAAUAAUUAGGACCGUAAUGUACCCGACAUUUGUCAGCAGCGAGGAUCCAGUCUCAUUCACUUAUUCAUCAGAUGUCGAUGCAGCAUUUACAUGCUAUACUCUCCGUACAACGAUUAAUUGAGAUGUCUCCUCUAAACUCAUUCUUCGUUUCAUCUCUCCGCCAUCGGUGGAGCAUUGGCAGAAAUACGCAUUUUUAAUACUAGAAUUCAAUGUAAUGGUUCACACUGAAACGCGAUGCAGCUUUCAAAGGCUUGAAUCUUUAGACAUAUUGGUUUUCGCAGCCGUAUUCGUAUAUAUAGCAUCAAAAACCAUAUAUAAUGUAGAUCGAGACAGCAUCAUCUAGCGCCUUGUUCUUUCUCGUGCAUGCAUUGACGAAAACUUAUCCACCGAUAGAUUAGAUUGCUAUUUGUCCAUGGGGCUGCAUCGAAACAGUCACAUAAAUACGCGAACAAUUUCGAUGCAGCAACCGAACAUAGUAAAAGUGUUAAAGCGGCAAUACAUCUACAAAAUUGCCAUCACUCGUUAAAUGUGUGAUACUGUACAUUGCUGUAUGAUAAAAAUAUAUUUGUAAUCUUUCAACAUCUAUUGAAGUCAUCUUCAUGGAUUUUGCGCAAUUUCUAUCUCUAUUUUGAAAUUUAGCUUGGUUAUAAACUAACCCCAUUAUAAUAAUAAUGCUACUCAAUGGAUAAUCGAUGGCUUACAAAAAAUCUGUAAAUUAGGAGCAGUGGCCUAAUUGAUAUAAUUAGUGUUACGAAGUAAAGGAGGUAAAUAUUUUAAGUUAGCAAUUGAUUUCUGAAAAAUGUCUCAUAUUAUUUUGUGAAUUUUGCACAAUAUUAUUCGUUAACGUUUGUAUUUUAAUUUAUUGUCAACUUUGCAAAAAUAAAUAAAUCGACAAGUAAAUAUCCUCAUGACUGUAAUCUAAACUGGCCUUCUAACGCAACCACAGUUGAAACAAAAUUAACAGGCAAAAAAACUUCAGUAAAUAGGAUUUUAGUGGACCAAAAUCUUAAACACCAUAUUAUUACCAUAUCAUUCACUACUUAACAUAAAAUCACUAGUAAGUAGAGGUAUAUAUACCUAUAUACAAUUUAAUGAGUUAAUGUGUUUUUGUAAGUUUGCCCAAGUCAAAUUUAUCACAAUAGUUUACGUAUACGUCGACUUAGUUUUAUAUUUUAUCACACAAAACAUGUCACAAAAGUUAUAGGUUUUACAUUUUAAAGGCAGGACCGUUUUAUCAUAAGUUUUUUUAUAGUAUAUAUAUUAAUGUAAAUAGCUACUGUGCAUAAGUUACAUUAUGUUGUUUUUAUGUACCACGGGUAGAAUCGAUGAAUUAAAAAUUACUCAAGAACUAAGAGUAUGAUUUAAAAUAAGAAAAGCAUUUAGUUAUUUAUUCUUUGAUUCUAUCGGUGAUACUAAACUAAGUUAUGUCAUUUUAACAGUCAUCAUUAGACACACUAACUGUGAACAUUAACUGUUGCACAUAUAUAUGUUCAAUAUAACACAUCAUUAAUAAUGUAUCCUAAACCGAGUGAUAAUUGCAUCUAUCCCACAAUUCGAUAGCUUAAAUUUUCCCUCCGAAAGAUUAUACACUUUGCAGAAAAUAUCUUACAUAGUGCAUAUAUGUUGAAUAAAGUAAGCUUUACUAAUAAAUACAUGAACAGUAAAUGAUUAAUAAUAAAAGAAGAAGAAUGAGCGCCGAAUUUAAGACAGUGAUUGUUGACACGGCGCAAAGUAUAGCCAUUUGCCUCACACAAAUUAGAAUAGUUUUUAGAUGAAAGAAAGGAAAUUACGUAACCUAUUCAAGGCACUAGUAGCAGCAAUUUUUUUUUUUAUUUACCUCUGAGAUUUGCGGAGAUCAUGACAAAAGUUCAAAGGUCUUUUAGUGUUAUGGGAUUUGCAACUAGACCAUAAGAUUUACUCCAGGCAGAUCGCGUUAACAGUAGGUAUUGCUAGAGAAACAUCAACAAGAGGGCCCAGGGAGUAAAUUUAUGUUUAGUUUGUAUUCCUUAUGUUUUUUUUAUUCUUUAUUAACUACACUUUUGUUUUUAUUAUUUCAUACGAAAAAUUGCCAAUUAUUGAGAUGAAUUAAUUAUUACCAGAAAUUUAAUAAAGCAAUCCUGCUGUGAGAACUGGUAUAUAUUUUUUAAAUUAUUUGUGGGUACGGGUAAAGACCAGUAACAUGAUAUUAGCUUAUUACCACGCUGACCUUUGUUUUCUUUCUAUUGCACUGUAUUGUCUUUAUACCUUUAAUAUGUGACUAAGGACAUAAAGGCCUUUACAACACUGUUACUACAAUUUGAUAAUAAAUUCAUAAAAAGGUGAUUCGUUUUAUUCUUAUACCGUCACCAUACGGAUUUGUGAAAUUUCAAUUAUAUACGCUUAAAUUUAUCCGAUGAUGACUGUAUUCACAUUAAACUAAACAAAGAUGUGCUGUAUUUUUAAUUAUUAAAAUAUGUGAUACGUGAAGUUAUGUCAUAUUUUUAUGAGUUGCUUCGUUCGAUGAGAUUUUCGUAUAUUGCACAUGUACCUAGUAACAUACGGUGAGAUCAGUUCAUGCACUACGUAAUUUGUAUAAGCACAGUCAAUAACGUACAAUGCUCAACUUAUUAUGUUAUAAUUCAAUAGUGAUAAGGAUGCCUACAAUGUACAUAUAUUUUUACUUCAGUAACGUAUGAAUGUUUCGUUUAUUUAUGUGGACAUUUUUAUUGUAUGGCGUCUUUAGUUUUAUGUAAUGUGUAUAAUAUGAUGCUUAAUUUUAUAAUGAAUAUUUGAAUUGUCUUAGUAAAUAGUUAUUUUAAAGGUA